UCGUCGUCGUCAUCUUCUUCUUCCUGGUAUUCGCUAUUCAUCUCUGACCCUGCGGCGCACCAAAACCCCCGUUUCCGUCUCGCGUUCUUCGAUCGCCUCCGCUUAAAAAGCUCGCCGCCUCCGACCGAAUCCACUCCCCCCCCAUCAAUCCCGCAACCCUACCGAAACCGGUAAACCACUGGAAGAAAGCGGGUUCGAUCGAUCGAUCGAUCUUGCUAGUGCGGCUAUAUCUGCUAGUAGGUGAAUUGGUCGCUCGACGUUGGUGAUCAUGGUGGAGAAGACGAAGCUGCAGCUGCCGCUGGUGCACAACGAGCGGCUGUGGGCGCGGCCGUGGCGGUGGGCCAAGACGGUGUUCUUCCUCGUCUCCAUGCUCGCCUCGCUGCUGCUCGUCUGCGCGCCGCCGCUGCUCAUCGUCGUCCUCGACCUGCUACUCCCGCCCGCGCUCCUCUCCAACUUCCACCGCGCCGCGAACCACCCCACCUCGCUCAUCGACCAGGCCAGGGGCUUCCACUUCCGGUCAUCGCUCGUCGACCUCCCCGCCGUCUCCGCCGCGCGCUCCCUCCUCAUCCUCUGCGCGUACACGGCGUGCGGGGGAGGCGCGGCCUACCUGUGGGUGGCCGUGGCGUGCAGCGUCGGCUCGGUGUGCUACGUCGUCGCCAAGGCGGCCGUGGUGUUCGGCGCGGCGCCCGACAGGGCCGUGCUGGGGCUGCAGGGCAAGGGCCAGCUCGUCGCCGUGGAGGCCAUGUUCCUCAUGUCGCUCGCGCUCGCCGCCGCGCACAUCGCCAUGGCCUACCGCGCCAGCUGCCGCGAGCGACGCCGCCUGCUCGUCUACAGAAUCGACGUCGAAGCUGUAAGGCUAAAGGGAGGCCAAACGCCCAAGUCCCUGAAGCAGCAGUUCGCCGUAUGACACUCGCUGCCUGGCCGUUGCAGUCGGACACAAACUGAAUGCCACGGCAUGGCAGGGCCCUGCAGGGUUCGUUCCUCCGGUCUCAAUUUUUGGUUCAAGUAGAUGUGUACAACACGACCGUUCACUGUACCUCAAGUGAAAAAUAGUGUAAAGAAGAUGUAAAUACGAAACAUUUGUGCUUCGGCCUCCUGCAGUCAAUGCAAAAAUAGGAUGAGCCGUUCGGCAGAUGCAUGCUUGUCAUUUUUGGUGGGUUUCCCAUUUGUGAGCUGUGAGACGGAGGGGGUGGUUUCGUCGUGUGAAUUUCCACAGGUGCGCAUCGGUGACGAUGCACAUGAUUGGAUCAAUUCGAAUCAUCUGGCUAUCAGGUCGA